AUGGGGAGAUACACGUGCUGCGCGGAUAACUGUAGUAGCACCAGUGACUCUGGCAUCAAGUUCUUCAAGUUUCCCCUCUACAAUAAGCAGAAGCUGAGGCGCUGGCUGCAGAGCAUGGGCCGUCAGACCUGGCGCCCCACCGUCUCGUCCGCUCUCUGCAUCCGUCACUUUGAGGAGCAGCACCUGGAGAUCACAGGGAAGGGUAUCCGGCUUAGAGAGGGGGCGGAGCCUACACUGUUUCCCUGUGCAGAGGUCUCGGAUGAAGACCUCGUGAACCGGACUAAAUCUCAGCCUCGAGGUUGGAGUCUGAAGAGGAGGAUCAAAGAGGAGGAGGCCUCAACCACAGAGAGGAGCAGAGAGGAGGAGGCCUCAACCACAGAGAGGAGCAGGGAGGAGGCCUCAACCACAGAGAGGAGCAGGGAGGAGGCCUCAACCACAGAGAGGAGCAGGGAGGAGGAGAGCGGGGAGGAGGUGGAGAGAGAGGAGGAGGAUGAGAGGAUGGGGGAGGGACGCUGGUCGGUGGUCGUGGACGAGGAGCUGAACACUAUUCACUCUUUUCCACAUUUCUUCCACGGAAACUAUUGCAUCUCCACGGACGUUCGGUGGGCGCCAGAUAAGGACCCAUUGGAGAAAACUGAGAAGUCAAGCGCAGUGAUCCAGGUGACUGGACCGUGGCAGUGGUUAGCCCUGGACCUGCGUGGGCCCCUCCCUCAGACGCCCUCUGGUCACCGAUUCAUCCUCAGUCUCUGUGAUCUGUUCUCUCAUUGGUUGGAGGCGUGGCCUGUGGACUCUCUGCAGCCGGCUCACAUGGUCCGCCACCUGGUGGAGGUCAUCGCACACUUCGGGUUCCCCCGGAGGAUCCUGAGCAGACUGCCUCACGCACUGCUCCAACAGAUAAACCAGCAGUUGAAGCAGGAGUUGUCGGUUGAAUUCCCGCUGCUGAUUCAACAUCCUCAGACCGGAGCAGUGGAGCAGAGCACACAACACAUGAUAGACAGGAUGGUGCAGGAGCUGUGUGAGCAGGAGCCCUGUCACUGGGACUUGUAUCUUCCUGCUGCAGUCUUCAGUCUCUGCUGCAAAGAAAACCCCACGACCAGAGAGAGGCCCCUCACCGCCCUUUGCUGUGCCCAGACAGAGAUCAGGAGUGUCCCCACAGAAGCCCAGAUGAUGGUAGAUGCCGGACUUGGAGACUGUGACGUGAUAAACCAGCAGUUGAAGCAGGAGUUGUCGGUUGAAUUCCCGCUGCUGAUUCAACAUCCUCAGACCGGAGCAGUGGAGCAGAGCACACAACACAUGAUAGACAGGAUGGUGCAGGAGCUGUGUGAGCAGGAGCCCUGUCACUGGGACUUGUAUCUUCCUGCUGCAGUCUUCAGUCUCUGCUGCAAAGAAAACCCCACGACCAGAGAGAGGCCCCUCACCGCCCUUUGCUGUGCCCAGACAGAGAUCAGGAGUGUCCCCACAGAAGCCCAGAUGAUGGUAGAUGCCGGACUUGGAGACUGUGACGUGGUGCUGAGCUGA